GCGGCCUCCCUCAGGCCCCGCCAUGCCGUCCGUGCAGCUGCUGCCCAAUGAGAGUAACCUCUUCAGACAGAUCCUGAAAUGUUAUGAACAGAAGCAGUACAAAAAUGGUCUCAAAUUCUGCAAGGUGAGUCUGUCAAACCCAAAGUUUGCUGAACAUGGAGGGACCUUGGCUAUGAAAGGGUUGACAUUGAACUGUUUAGGAAAGAAAGAAGAAGCAUAUGAAUUUGUUCAUAAAGGACUUUGGAAUGAUGUCAAGAGCCAUGUCUGUUGGCACAUAUAUGGACUUUUGCAGCGUUAUGAUAAAUAUGAUGAAGCUAUAAAGUGUUAUCAAAAUGCCCUCAAAUUAGAUAAAGACAAUCUACAAAUCCUGAGAGAUCUCUGUUUGUUACAAAUCCAAAUCAGAGACCUUGAAGGCUAUCGUGAGACAAGGUAUCAGCUUCUUCAGCUGUGCCCAAAUGCUUCAUGGAUUGGAUAUGCUAUAGCAUAUCAUUUGCUGAAAGAUUAUGAUAUGGCACAAAAACUAUUGGAAGAGUUUAGAAAGACUCAGCAAAUUCCACCAAAUAUAAUAGAUUAUGAGUAUAGUGAAUUGAUACUCUACCAGAACCAAGUGAUGAGAGAAGCAGAUCUAUUUCAAGAAUCUUUAGAACAUAUAGAAACAUAUGAAAAUCAAAUCUGUGAUAAACUUGUAGUAGAAGAAAUUAAAGGAGAAGUACUGUUGAAAUUGGGAAGAUUGAAAGAAGCUGGUGAAAUAUUCAAAGACUUGAUUGAUCGGAAUGCUGAAAACUGGAAUUACUAUGAAGGCUUAGAAAAAGCUCUGCAACCUUGCACCUUAGAAGAGAAGCUUCAUAUUUAUGAAGAAAUAAGUAAGCGGCACCCUAGAGCACUUUUACCCAGAAGAUUACCUUUAAACUUUGUCCCAGGUGAAAAAUUUAGAGAACUAAUGGAUAAGUUCCUGAGGGUUAACUUCAGUAAAGGCUGCCCACCCUUGUUUACCACUUUGAAAUCUUUAUAUUACAAUACAGAAAAGGUUUCUAUGAUACAGGAACUUGUUACUAGUUAUGAAACUUCUCUAAAAACUUGUGACUUAUUUAGUCCAUAUGAAAAUGGAGAGAAGGAACCCCCAGCAACACUAGUUUGGGUUCGAUAUUUCCUGGCACAGCACUUUGACAAACUUGGCCAGUGCUCAUUGGCUUUAGAUUAUAUUAAUGCUGCAAUUGCAAGCGCUCCAAAUUUAAUAGAACUGUUCUAUAUAAAUGCAAAAAUUUAUAAGGUAACACAUUUAAAGGAAGCUGCUCAGUAGAUGGAUGAAGCGCAGUCUUUGGACACAGCUGAUAGAUUUAUAAAUUCAAAAUGUGCAAAAUACAUGCUUCAAGCAAAUAUGGUGAAAGAGGCAGAGGAUAUGUGUUUCAAGUUCACAAGGGAAGGAACAUCUGUCAUGAAAAAUCUAAAUGAAAUGCAGUGUAUGUGGUAUCAGACAGAAUGUGCUUCAGCUUAUCAAAGACUGGGGAAAUAUGGUGAAGCCUUGAAAAAAUGCCAUGAAAUAGAAAGGCAUUUUUUUGAGAUAACAGACAAUCAGUUUGACUUCCAUACAUACUGUAUGAGAAAGAUGACUCUUCGUGCCUACGUUGACCUUUUGCGAUUAGAGGAUGUACUCAGGAAACAUGCUUUCUAUUUCAAGGCUGCUCAAUCUGCAGUUGAAAUAUACUUGAAAUUGCAUGAUAAUCCAUUAACCAAUGAAAGCAAAGAACAAGAAGUGAAUUCAGAAAACCUUUUAGGCAAAGAAUUAAAGAAAAUGCUCAGCAAGCAGAGAAGAGCCCAGAAAAAAGCUAAAUUGGAAGAAGAGAGGAAACAUGCUGAGAGAGAACGGCAACAAAAAAAUCGGAAGAAAAAAUGAGAUGAGGAAGAAAAAACCAGUGGUCCCAAGGAAGAAUUAGUACCUGAAAAACUUAAAAGGGUAGAAAAUCCAUUAGAAGAAGCUAUCAAGUUCCUUAUACCACUUAAGACUCUUCUUGCUGAUAACAUAAACACUCAUCUUUUAGCAUUUGAAAUAUACUUUAGAAAAGGAAAAUUUUUGUUAAUGUUGCAGUCGGUCAAAAGAGCUUUUGCUAUUAACCGUAAUAACCCAUGGCUACAUGAGUGUUUAAUUAAAUUCUCUAGAUCUGUGUCUAAUCAUAGUAAUCUCCCAGAAAUAGUGAACAAAGUCCUAACCCAAGAAAUGCAGAAAAUCUUUGUUAACAAAGAUUUGGAAAGUUUUAAUGAAGAAUUUCUCAAACAUAAUGCUACCUCUCUUCGGCAUCUACUUUCAGGUGCUAAAAUGAUGUAUUUCCUAGAUGAAUCAAGACAAGAGAAAGCAAUUGCUAUUGCCACUAGGUUGGAUGAAAAUGUAAAAGAUAAAAAUGUGAAGACUUUAACAAAAGUUUUUGAGGCACUGAUUGAUGGCAGCUUUGGGAUCUGUAAUACCCAGUAUGAAGAAUACCGGACAGCAUGUCAUAAACUGUUUCCCUUUUCACCUGCCUUUCUGCCUCCUACAAAUGAGGAUGACAAUAGUCCUGCAUCAGUAAACCGUACAACUAUUAACCAUGAUGUGAUGGCGAAUGAAAUUUGAAUAUCAUGAAAGAAUUGAUUUACAAUCUCAUGGCUGAAUUCAGAUCAGGAUUACUUUUCCAGGGUGCAUUUUAAUAUCUGAUAAGCAUAAAGUGAGAUAUUUGGGCAGUAAAACUUAACAGUGGAGUAUACCAUUAGCUUUUGUCUUCUCCUGACCCCCAGCUGCUACUGUUUAUGAAAACCUUAUCUGUAAUCACCAUUUAUCAUGCUUAUAUUUGUACAGUUUGUCUUAUCUACCAAACUCCCAAAUUAUGAGCAUUACAGUAGAUGAGGACUUUGCUUUCACCUUAGUGUUACAAAAAUAUGAUCAUUUCUUACUGAUUAAACUUAGACAUUGAACAAUUUUAGCUAAUUAUGUUGGAUAUGAUACCAGUGUUCCCACUACAUUUUAUUUCAAGUUUUUAAUUUUAAUCUGUCCUGGUGGUUUUUUAAAAAGCUUAUUAUUGUGAAUGUAUUGGCUGUUUGCAUGAUUUUUUAAAAUAUGGACCACAUUAUGGGAGGUAUAGAGGUGUCUUUUAAAAAUUAUAAGUUGGAGGGGGCAGCUAGGCAGUAGAUAGAGCACCGGCCCUGAAGUCAGGAG